AUGUCCAUGGAAGUGCCCGAGGCAACCUCUGCUAAGGAGCAGAAGGAAAUGGAAGAUGAAGUGACUACUCCAGCGAAAGUGGAAGAAUCAAAAUUAAAACCAAGGUAUCCUCAUUCAGGACAAAAGCCUGGAGGUUCAGAUUUCUUUAGGAAACGACUGCAGAAAGGGCAAAAAUACUUUGAGUCUGGGGGGAUACACCUGGCUGAAGCAAACAUGAAGCACAAGCAGCUUCCCAGGGCGGCUCCGGGUAAGACAGAGGUCACUGGUGAGCACAGUCCCAGUCCACAGGACUUUCCCCAAUGGGAACCACCCCCCGCUGCUAGCAAGCUGCUGGAUGAUGAACAGAGCUGA